AAUGACGCGCGCUUCAUGAUGUCGAUGAAGUUCGGCUGUGCUCGCUGUCGGUUACAGCGAGCAUGGCUAUAUUCUCGAAGCUGCUCUACCCUCAACUGAACGAACUGCUUCGUCAACGGUCAUCGCGGCGACCGUUGCUUGUUCUGCUAGCAUCGGUGCUCAUUCUUCGGUCUAGUCUGUUUAAACCAAUCACGGCGGACAGGUCAAAGUCGAGUACAUCGAAUGCUCUCGGUUUACCAACGCACAGUCAAACAGAACUGGCUAAAGACGCAGUUUACUUUCCUCUUGUGAACCCGAGUCCAGGACUUGGUCUUCCAUUUCUGCAUCAACUCCGUUCGCUCCUGCGAAUAGUCCUCCCUUCGCUUUACACUCGUGAAGCGCUCCUCCUCACUGCUCACUCCACUUUCCUCGUCCUUCGCACAGUGCUGAGCAUAGCUGUUGCCCGCCUAGAUGGUCGCAUAGUAAGGGACUUGGUCAGUGCAGAUGGCAAGGGGUUCUUGACUGGCCUCGGUCUAUGGUUCGCACUCGCUGUACCAAGUAUAUAUACAAACUCCAUGAUCCGCCACCUCCAAUCUACGCUUUCCCUGAGAUUCAGAACCCGGUUGACUCGAUACAUCCACGAUCUCUACCUCUCCUCCGCUCCCCAUCUCCGCUACUACCGCGUACCCCUCCAUGGAGUCGACCAGUACAUCACAGCAGACGUCGACGCUUGGGCAGAGAGCGUCGCAGGUAUCUACGGCAAUCUUAUGAAACCCUCACUUGACCUCCUUCUCUUCACUUCACAACUUGCAAGGUCUCUCGGCUUCAGAGGCACAGUACUGCUAUUCAUCAAUUAUUAUGUCACUGCCAAGAUCCUCCGCGCCGUAACACCUGCCUUUGGUCGUCUCGCAGCUGUAGAAGCCCGUUUGGAAGGUGAAUAUAGAGCUGGUGUUGGACGCGUAGGGAGAGAGAGCGAGGAGAUCGCAUUCUACGACGGAGGCGCACGCGAGCGAGAUAUCCUCACGAGAGUGUACUUGAGACUGAUCAAACAUGUGAAUUCUAUAUACAAGAUACGCAUCGCAUACGAAUGGACAGAAGACUUUGUUAUCAAAUAUCUCUGGUCCGCCGCUGGGUACGGGCUGAUAGCUGUUCCGUUGCUUAUAACGAGGAAGCGCUCUCGUGUUACCGAUGGCACUCGUGUUGCAGACGGAGAGGAUGCGGGAAAGGGGGAGCGAAAGAAGAGGAGCGACGCGGAUGGCAUCGUCGCUGCUAGGACGGAGACCUACAUCUCCAACCGCCGCCUUCUCCUCUCCCUCGCAGACGCAGGUGGGAGACUCAUGUACGCGUAUAAAGAUCUGCAAGAGGUUGCUGGGUUGACUGGGCGACUCUACACCCUCCUUUCAACCCUACACAACCUCCCCGCGCUUCCCCCAGCGCUUCAAGGGGAUGGUGAUACAUUCGCGCUGAAGGACGUGGACAUAUGCGUUCCAGGGUAUCCCUUCGUCUCUGCCCAACCACAACUCGACUCUCCCUCACCCAAACCUUCUCAUUCCACUACCAACUCUGAUCUCAAAGGCACACAAUCCAUCCCAAACCCAAACUCAGGCUCGGACCCCAGCAUCCUCACUUCCUCAGACCCAAAUCUAAAGUCAGAAACCCUCUCGGGCACAAACACCACCACCCUCGUCCGCGCACUCACGCUCACCCUCCGACCAGGCAUGCACCUCAUGAUAACAGGAUCUAACGGGGUUGGGAAAACGGCUGUUGCGCGUGUUUUGGCGGGGCUUUGGGCGCCUGGGAGCUGUUCGACCCUCACGCAUCCCACUGACAGCGCACUUACGCAUCCCACUGACGGCACACUCACGCGUCCCACAGACGACGCAAACGGCCGUCCAGGAGUAUUCGUCAUCCCACAACGUCCAUAUCACCCCACAGGAUCCCUUUUAUCGCAAGUCAUAUACCCACAACCGGUAUCCGAGUUCAGUGCGUCGUUCAAGGCUUUAGAGGAAUUAGAAGGGUUGCUAUGUGCGGCUCAUCUUGGGUAUUUGGUGGAUAGGGAGGGUGGGUGGGAUGCAGUCAAGGAGUGGAGGGAUGUGUUGAGUGGGGGGGAGAAGCAGAGGCUAGCGAUGGCCCGUCUUUUCUAUCAUCGUCCCAAAUUCGCGAUUCUAGACGAAUGCACAUCCGCUGUGAGCUCUGACGUCGAAGGCCAGAUGUAUGAGCAUGCAAAGGCAUUGGGGAUUACAUUGAUUACUAUCUCCUUGCGACCAUCUCUGACAAAGUAUCACACGUAUAUAUUGACUCUUACGGGCGAUGGAACGGGGAGUUGGACGUUUAGCCGGAUUGCUAUGCCUCGGGCUCAGGAGGGAGAUGGGAAUGAAUCGGUGGAAGGGUGUGGUGAGAACGGAUCAGCGGAGGGGCACAGCACGAGCCAACCAGUGGCAGAGGAUGGCGAAAGCGAACCAACAGCAGCACUCACAGAGGACUCAGGAGCCAGAUACCUCGCGCACGUCCUCGAAGAGAUACGUGUGCUAGAAGCACGGAUUGAGGAGUCGUGUGGGUGGGAGAAGAGGGUGAGGGAGCUUGGGGAGGCGUUGAAAGCCCAGUGAUGUCGUGAAGGGUGAGGCGCUUGUUUGUUCUUGGGUUGGGGUUUUGUUUUGUGAGGGGACGCGAGAUAUUGCAUAUGGUCUCGAGGACGGGUGAGGCGACGGUCUUCUGGCGUGGCAUAAUAGCUAGGCUGACAUGUAGACUGGGUGUGGACAUAAGGUCCGUGGUGAUCUAGUAGAAAGGUGUGGCGCUGCUUAGCUUGUCUGUCAUCAUCAUAGACUGUAGUGCAAGUUAACAGUUAUUAUAUGAUGCCUCUGCUGACCCCUUUGCAUCCCCUCUCGGCGAUCUCGUGCUAUCACUCUCAAAAGAGUAUUUUUAACUUCAUUCAAUGCUCGAGUAUGUUCUUCACAAGUUCUUCAUGUACUGCCACC